AUGUUUGUUAUUAAGCCAAAUCCACUUAAAAUAAUUGAUUUAUCAAAUGAAGAUCAAGAAACUGCUGAAGAAUUGGUUCAAGCCGCAGCAACUCAAGGAUUUUUAUUUAUAGAAGGACAUAAUUUUACCCAAGCAGAGGUGGAUCAAUUAUUUCAAAUUUCAAGAGAGUUUUUCCACUUACCUCAUGACUAUAAGCGACAAUAUGCAAUUGAUGAAACUAAUCAUGGAUAUGCUGAUUUUGGAGGUGAAACUUUAGAUCCAAUUCAUCAGAAAAAAGGUGAUCCAAAGGAAGCAUUAAAUAUCAGUGGUUUAGAUUUUACUACUGGGAAAUCAACUAAACCAAUACCUGAUUGGUUUACUCAAGAUCCCAAGAGAGAAGCAUUGAUAAAUGAAACCAUAAUUAAAUUAUAUCAGUUAUCAAUUAAAAUACUUCGAUUCAUUGCACGAGGUUUCAAAAUUGAAGAUAUUGGUGAUCUUAAGGGAGAAGAUUGGUUUGGUACAAAAUGUGCUCCUGAAAAGCCUUCGGGUUCAACGUUUAGAUUACUUCAUUAUCCUGGUCAGAAAUCUUUAGAUCCUGACACGACAAUACGAGCAGGAGCACAUACUGAUUAUGGGUCAAUUACAUUAUUAUUUCAAAAACCUCAUGAAGAAGGAUUGGAGAUCUAUUCACCAGUAACGAAACAUUGGGAAGCUGUACCCUUUGUACCAGGGUCAAAUAAAUUCCAAGGUAUGGCCCCACCAAUUGUGGUGAAUAUAGGUGAUUUAUUAAGUUAUUGGACUUCGGGAUAUUUGAAAUCAACUCUUCAUCGAGUUAAAUUCCCCAUUCCGGUACGAGAAACUGGGCAUGACCGAUAUUCAAUUGCUUUUUUCAGUCAUCCUAAUGAUGAUGCGCUUUUGGAACCAGUUCCUAGUGAAUUGGUUAAGAAUAUUAAACGGGAAGGUGUACGUGAGAAUGAUGAUGAAUGUAUCAGUGCGGCUGAACAUUUAAAAAGACGAUUGGCAGCCACAUACGGCUGGAAAAGCGAGUAG